AUGGCCAGCAUUGCAGACAGUGAGGUUACUUUCGCGACGCGUGCGCGUCAGUAUGGUCUGGCACAGACUGUGCUGGACAGUCUGGGAGCUGCUGGGGUGAAGACAUACUCGUCUUUACUUUUUUCGGUGGCCAGCGCACCGGGUGCCGUCGACGCAGCUCGUCUGAAAACCUUUCAAGACAGGCACCUCGGUUCUGGUGCUUCCGAGGGGUCCUUGUCUGCGCUGAGCAGACUCCUGUUCGAAGCUGGAACGUUCGUCGUCGCAGAGCUUCGUAGCUCUGUCACUGGGGAUGAGGACGGCUCUCGGAAGUUAACACACCAUGAGCGUGCCAGUAGGCUUGAAGCACUAAGGUCGAAACUCGGGGCGUGGCCCAUAUCGGGCUCCUUCGAACCUUCGAAUGCUUUGAUUGACCUGGCCUUUGCCAUGGUGACUGACUCUGCAGUCAGGUACAUCGCGCCGAGCAGGUGCAGUAGCAGGGAGCAGGAGGUGGUUUCUGAAAGGCGUGACGACACCCUUUUUCGCCUUGAAGCCACUUCGCUGAAGGCGGCUCGCAAACCUGUGUCCCUGAAGGCUGACGUUAGCAACGAGCUGCGCCUGUACCAGGCUUUCAGUAGGCGAGGUGUUGCCCUGGAGGUUGCAAACAUCUGCUCGUUCACUGCACAUGAAACAUAUGUGCGUGGGUUGUUUGAGCAUUUGCAUCGCCUGCCCCCUCCUGGUUACGCUGCUCCUACUGUGGACGCUGUCAUUGCUGCUGAUCGUGCUGUCUGGCAGAAUGUUGCUGCUCAGGUUCCGUGUUUGCCCACCAUGGACAUUGCCAAGACUGUUGACCCUGCUCUGUCUGCUGCUGCUGCCACGCCUGGUGUCGCUUUUCAUGUCAUGCCUCGUGAAAAGAAGCGGGCUCUGGAUGAUCCCAGCAAGCCGCCUGGCAAGCAGCCCAACAAGGGCGACGGCAAGGAUGGCAAGGGUGGCAAAGGCAGGGGAGGCAAGCCUGGUGCCAAGGGCAGAACGUCCGCCGGCAAGGGCAACCAAGGUGGGUCGCCUGCCAAGCAGACUGCUGUGCCUGCUGCUUUGAAGGGCCUGGACCCUAACAAGGAUGGCACGCCUCUGUGCUUCGAUCGCAACUUGGCUCAUGGGUGCAAGCGUGAGACGUGGCAAACGCCGGCCGGCCUUCAGUGCGAGAAGGGUUUGCAUCUUUGCAUGAAGUGUAGUCGAACUGAGGUAGCUGGGCAUGAAGCACUGCUUGAGGAUACCCCUGGGACUCUGUUUUCCACUGCCCAGGAUUCUGCAUGCCUGGCUACCACUGAGGCUAUGAUGUCCGAGCCUCUGAAUAAUUUUCCCACUGAGGCGACUGCUGUGCCUGUUGACAUGUCGUCUUUUUCACAUUCAUCCAGUUUUGCUGCUCCGCGAGAGCCUGUGUUUUCCUUUUCCAAUGAAGGGCUGGCUGCCGUUGAGUCUCUCUGUGCUGCCACUGCGGCACAGGAUCCCAAGGCUGAUGUGCCUGGUCCUGCGCUUGAUGCACAAAGUUCAGCUGGUGCUGAGUCACGCCGCGGGCCUGAUGCUAGCAACCUGAAGGCCUGUGUUGCUCUGGAAAUUUUUGCUGGGUCUUGCAGGCUCAGCAAGUGUCUACGGGCAUCAGGUUUUGAGACUGUUGCUGUUGAUGUGAAGGAUGCGGCAGGACACCAAGUUCUCAAACUGGACUUGUUGUCGAUUGCAGGCCUUACUGUGCUUUGGGAUGUUUUAAGUUCUGGACAGAUUCUUUAUGUGCACAUGGCGCCGCCGUGCAGCACUGCAUCCGCGGCAAGAUUCAUACCUGGCGGGCCUCGCCCUCUACGUGACGCCCUUCACCCCGAUGGGCUCGAAGGUCUCAGUUUCUCACAACGUUUUCAGGUGCACAAUGCCAACAGGUUAUAUGCUCUGUGUCGCGAUGUCGCUCUGUUUUGUCAUCGACGUGGCAUCGGUUGGAGCAUUGAAAACCCGUCUUCCAGCCUCUUCUGGAUGACUUCGCCGAUGGUGCAUCUUCAAAAUAAGCUUGUUGAUGAUGUUUGCACCGUUGUGUUUGAUCAUUGUUGCUGGGGCGGUGACAGGCCCAAACGCACUGCACUCUGGAGCAACUUGCCAUGCCUAGGCUCUCUGGAAGCGCUCUGUACUCCUGCUUUGCAGCAUGUUCAUAAGCCCUGGGGCCGCCUGCCUGAUGGCUCCUGGAGCACCAAGGCUGAGGCGGCAUACCCUUUACCGCUGUGCCGCUUCUGGGCGCAACUACUUAGGUCCAGGUGGGAUGACAUUCUGUCACAGAAAGGACUUAGGCCUGAUGUGAACUGGUCUGGGCCUGCGCGCUUGUUUGAAGCGCGACGUGCACUUGGUCUUUUUCCUCGAGGCCGGCACCCCAGUGAAGUCAAGAACCCGUUCAGUGAACAGGUGCACAUCCGUGUGCCUCUGCACACUCCUGUGUCGUUACUGGUGCCUGGCUCUGAUGCGCGCAUCUCUGGCGCUCCAAAAGGCUGCAAGGUUUUGUCUGCCGUGAAGGAACAAGAAGCCUGGCUGGUCCUGCUGGGCGUCCCCUGUGAACCUGAGGAGUUCAUGGCUUCGGCCCGUUCCUUUCGGCAUCCGGCUGAGUGUGAAGUGACGCUACCUGCUGAUCUGGAGCACACUCUGUCCUUGGUUUCCAAGUUAAGUUGUGCGGAGCUUGCCAGCCGCCGUUGCCAGUUUUUGCACAGCCUUUUGCAGCGAGCUCAGGAGCUGUCCCACCUGGAACGUCAGUUGCACGAUGGCUUGGCGCCUCACGCUAGGACGGUUCUCCAAGGCAAGCGUCUGCUCCUGCUUGAGGAACUUCUUCGCAGCCUGUCACAUGAAGAUACUAAGCUUGUGCCUGACAUUUGCUCUGGUUUUCGACUCACUGGCUGGCUAGAGCCAAGUGGCGUCAUGGAGCCCAAAAUCACCGCUCCAUCUCAGUCGGCUUCAAAUCUGUGGCGUCAAAGGUCUGAUCUCAAUAGGCAGGUGUGGUCUCAAACCAAACCCACUGGUAGCCCCGAGCUGGAUGAGGCGCUUUGGCAGGCCACUGUUAAGGACGCAUCCAGCGGGUGGGCCAUGCUCCUGCCACCGUCUGAUGGCCCUCCUGAUGAUGUCCUCCUGAGCCGCCGCUUUGGAGUAGUCCAGGGAUCCAAGGUGAGGGGAGUGGAUGAUUUUAGUUUCAACGGUCUGAACGAAACCCUUGGAACCUGCGAGAAGGUGACGACCAUGUCGACGGUGCACACCACGGCACUUGGCAUUCGCUUGCUCAGGAUUGCCAAAGCACGUGGCAUGAAGCUGCUCGGCCGUUGUUUUGACCUUAAAAGUGCUUAUAGGCAGCUGCCCGUGCACCUGGAGGACUUGCCUUACUCUGCUGUCACCGUCUGGUCGCCUGCCGACCGGGCUGUCCGUGUACUGCAGAUGUUCGCUCUGCCGUUUGGAGCCGGCGGUAGUGUUCCUGGGUUUGUUCGGGUUUCGCUGGGGCUUUGGAGGGUCAUGUGUCGCCUGGCCUUGGUGCCAGCCACUCUGUUCUUCGACGACUACACCUGUCUGGUGUUGGAGUCUGAUGCUCCCAGCGCCGAAGCCUCAGUACACCUCCUGUUUCGCAUUCUGGGCUGGCGCUUGGCACUGGAAGGCGACAAGGCUGCCUCGUUCUCGCAACAAUUUCAGAGUUUGGGGGUUUUGUUUUGUUUGCACCCUGGCGUUGACAGCUGCCUGUCUGUCACAAACACAGACUCCCGCAAGGCUGAGAUUGCUGCCUGGUGCCUGGACAAGCUAAGGUGUGGCGAAGCUUCGCCGAAAGAAUGCGAGCAGUUUGCAGGUCGUGUUCGCUGGUUGUCUGGGCAAGUCUUUGGUCGCACCAGCUGCUCGGCUCUGCGGGCUCUGCUCUCUGCUGGCAGAGCUGACAGGCCGUACACUGCCAGGCCCCUGUCACACGAGCUCGCUUGGGCCAUCCGUUGGAUUCUCGAGCAUGUUCCCAAAGGACGGCCUAAGGUCUGGUCUUUGAAUGCCAGGCGUAAGCUUCACUUGUUCACUGAUGGUGCUUUUGAACAAGGUGUCGCCUCCAUAGGCGGUGUGCUCUGUGACGGCUGGUGUCAGCCCCUGCAGUACUUUGGUUGUCAGGUUCCUGGGGUUGUUACCUCUCAGUGGCUCAGCAUGGGCUGUGAGCACCCUAUCAUUCAGGCUGAGCUGCUUGCCGCAGCUGUGUCUUUGCAGUACUGGAAAGACAUCCUCCAAGGAUCCAACACUUGUGUGUGGGUCGACAACGAGGUUGUCAGGUUUGGUGUUAUCAACGGGUCCAUCCGCCCAGAAUCUGCGAUGACCAUUCUGAACAGCAUGCUGCAUUUGGAGGCUGCCUGUGACGUAAAUGUUUGGGUCUGUCGGGUCCCUUCACACAGUAACCCCGCUGAUGGUCCCAGCCGCGGUUUGCGCCCUGGCUUUCUCUCACAGGCCAAGGAAGUGAAAGUUGACGUGGGGGCUCUGGUCUCCUUGGCCAGCGGACACUGA